UCCCUGUAAACGCAGCAGAAGAGAAGCCCAGCCUUCCGUCUCGCUGUGACGAGCUGGAGAGUCGACCAGAGCGUUGCCUGACGCAGCGGACGGAGGAGCCGGCGAGCGAGCGAGUGGGACACCUCAUUUGCACACAGAAAGAACGCGGUUGGACUCCGUUAUUAAAUCGUUAACGUUAUUUCUUUGAGAACAUUUAAAGUUGCCUCGCUGUCCUCUUCUUGCUUGCGCAGGCAGAGUCAGUCGCGGCUGUUCUCGGAUAGACUAAUCAAGUCUAGCAACAUAAUCCGAUCGUCCGCUGAUAUUAACUAUUUUAGGAAGCAAAACGGCGCGGCAAGAUGGCAGUUCUAGCGCUUGAAUAAAAACUGCGACGAUCUGGCAAGUUUUUAAAAGAAAAGUUUCGUCGAAGUAACUUUCCCAGCACUUCAGUAAUAAAUAAGUGACUGCGCGCGGGCGCGCACUCUCGCUCGUAGGCGCUAACGCGUGCCGUGGCGCGCGGAGGUGCCCCGUUUCCAAGGAGGCGAGCGCGAGCCGGGGAUAUAUAAUUAAUACGGCCGCGACGGGCCGCCAUGGCGGAGGUGUUCGCGGGCCGCACGCUGCUCAACAAGGACGGCGACCUGGUGGAGCCCGAGGAGGCGCUGCGGAACAAGGUGGUGGGGCUCUACUUCUCGGCGGGCUGGUGUCCCCCGUGCCGCGACUUCACCCCGGUCCUGUGCGACUUCUACACGGAGCUGGUGGAGGAGACGGAGCCGCCGGCCCAGUUCGAGGUGGUCUUCAUCUCGUCGGACAAGUCGCCUGAGGACAUGGUGGAGUAUUACCACGAGCUGCACGGCGACUGGCUCGCGCUGCCCUGGCACGACCCCUACAAGCAUGAACUGAAGAAGAAGUACAACAUCACUGCCGUCCCAAAGCUCGUCAUCGUGAAGGAGAGUGGGGAGGUCAUCACGGACAAAGGGAGGAAGCAGAUCCGAGACCAGGGCCUGGCCUGCUUCCGGAACUGGCUGGAAGUGGCAGAAAUCUUCCAGAAUUUUAAGGACUAGAAAGUUGUAGAUGUUCAACUAAGCAAGGCCUGGAGUCCGUAGUUCCUCAGGGUUAGUGUUUUCUAUGCAAGGUUCCUUUAAUUGCAAUGUAGAGAUUUGUAAAUGUUUACUCCUUUUAUACUGUGUAUCUCCAGAACAGAGUAAUUUAUUUUCUAAAGGCUUGUUUAUUUCCUUUAAAUCACGGGGCACUUGCAGUCGAAUGCUUAGAUGCAGCUUUUGUAGCCAGCUGAACAACUUGAAACAAAAAAGCUGAGAACAAUAAGCACGAUGGCACAUUCUUAGAUUUUUUCCUUGUUUGUAGCAAUUGCAGGUAAUGUGUGACACAAACAAAUGUAUUUAGUCUGUUAUUAAUUACAUAUUUAUUCUCAUUGGGUUGUUACAGUGAACCAGUAAAAAUUGAUUUUUUCUU